AUGUACGCUCAAAAACCACGUGCAAUCAAACGAUUUGCAGAGAGAAUACAUGCUCUUCAAACUAGAUAUUCUCCUGACGAUGUUGUGUCAUUGCAAAUCUUUGUUCAGACAGUACAAGAAGAAUCUCCAGAUGAUCUCAUUGCAUUUGAAGUCUCAGACAAUAAUAUGUGUUUCUAUUACGCGCCUUUUGAAGGCAAAGCUUAUGCGCAUAGUAUCAAGACAUUUCAUAUAGACAGCACCUAUAAAUUGUUGCGAUCAAACAUUCCAUUGUAUGCAUUUACUGGCAAAAUCAAAGAUUUUCACAUUUUCCCUUUUUUAUAUUUCUUUUGUCAACCAGACACUUAUCAAAACAUUCAAGUUUGCGUGUGCGCCUAUCUCAGAUGGGUAACAAUUGAGCCAGAAUACAUUAGCAUGGACUGUGCUCCACAGAUAGCUCAAGCAAUAGAAGAAAGCAUUCCACAAGCUCAAAUACUUUGGUGCGGAGUACAUGUUCUUCGUGCAAUUCUUCGCAAAUCAAAUAAGUUUUCUUCUCAAGAAAAAUUUGAACAAUUCUAUAAUUUGAUGAAGGAUUUAGUCUUCAAAUUAGAUGCAGAACAUGAGGAAGAAGCAAAUGCUGCCUAUGAUCAAGUUCUGGAGUUGCUCGACACAGAUCCAACAGCAUCUCAAUACUUUAACAGACAAUGGCGUUACAACAUAUCAAGAUGGAUUGCUCGUGACAGGCGUGAAGGCGACGCAACUAACAAUAUUGCCGAAGCUCAUUUUAGAACACUCAAACAUGACUAUUUUCCUGAUCGAAAAAAUCUCAGAAUUGAUGAUGUUAUUAUAGAAAUUUAUACAAAAGUGAUACCAUCUUUCGUUAUCAAACUCAAAAUUGAUCAAAAUCCAGCAGAUGACCGUGUCAUUAGGAUCAUGGAAAAAGCAACUAACGCAGAAAUUGAUGUAAAAAGACAAAGAAAAAUCGAGAGUAUUUCAAUGCUCAAUAGAUUGCUCAAUGCUGUUAGUGAUGACUCAAUAGAUCCCACUAAAAUAUAUCCUACCUUGAAAGUAUUAUUACAAAGAACUCAUUUUAUUUAA